CACCCAUGGUGCAUGCAGCAACUUGCAUGAAGCAAACGAGAUGUGAGGAAGACUGGAAGCAGCUGUGGUGGAAUGGAAUGGGCAGGUUUUUGCUGGACGGACGAAAUCCACAACCUUACAAGGAUGCUGUUGAACGAUUCGAAAAACUUGACAUUGGAGAGAUCAACUUGGACUGUUGGAAGGCGGUGUUAUAUACUGUAAAAGCUCAAAGCGCUUUUGAUCACGAGCGGACACUCAUCACUCGUACAGCUGAUAAUCUUGCAAAACGCUUGAUCGUUGAGCCCAGCUUCGAAGAUUUCAGCCAUCCAAUUGAUUAGAAGUACUACCUACAUGAAAUGUCUUGACAUAGUACUAGUAUGGUAUCGCGC